AAGCAGUUGCACAGAACUCCAUUGGCCUGACCCACAGAUUUCACGUCGUUUGUUUCCGCCCAGUCACCAGCUUUCUUCCUUCCAGUUCGCCAGCAACGAACGUAGCCCUCAACGGAACAGUAGACGUUCCUGACAGGACGUUGCAGCAACCCAGAAGCCACAGGCCUUGAUAGGAUAUCGAAGAUGGCAUCGCCCGCAGUCUCCUCCACGCAAGCUGCCGUAGCCGCGGUCCAGCAAUACCUCUCGCCUCUCCUCGAGCAGCUCUCGAAAGUCAGCGCCCUGUUCAACUUCAACCCCGCCAUGGUCAAACUCUUGAAGGCGGUCGUCUUCGUGGUCUUCGUUCUCAACAUUCGGUCAUGGCCUUUGGUUUGGCACGUUCGCAUCUGGCGCUGGGCAAUCUUGAAACGUUUGGAUUAUCGUCUAUUCCGCAUACGCACUGCUCUGCACUCGAAGGAGAAGCGAGGGAGACUGGAGGACAAAUGGGUGGAGAAUUCGAUUGCAUUGGGAGCCCAUCCCUUCAAGUAUACGUCGUCGUAUCACACCUAUGCCAGCUUGGACGAAAGCGACUUCAACAUGCAUCUCAGCAACUCUAGCUACGCCAAAACGUUGGAUUCUGCCCGAUUUAAGCUGGCGGUAGAAAUGUUCACUCCUUUCUUCCGAGGUGGAGGAUGGAUUCCGUUGGCCGCUACGCAAUAUCAUUUCAUCUGUGAAAUUCCCAUCUUGGCGUCAUACGAAGUUCGCACAAGUCUUGGUGCUUGGGAUGGCAAAUGGUUCUACCUCGUUUCGAAAUUCGUCAUGCCCGCCAACAAGUCGAAGAAGAAGCGAAAGUCGAGACCUGCCGCCGCAAACGGAAACGGAAACCCUGACUCCAUGGCAUCCCUUCGAACUCCCUCCUGCGAAGACGACGUCUCUUCUGGAACCUCUACCCCAGUUUCUGGAUCCUCCGCCACUCCGAACCCCGUCGGCGCCAACGGCCUCGCUGCCCAGCUCUUGAAAGCCAAGGCCGAAUCCGCAAACGGAAACGCAAACGGCACUGCGACGCCCUCAUCCAAGCGACCCGAACACGACCACCUGGACAUUGAAGAACCCGACGGCGCACAAGUUCACACAGUCGCCAUCUCCCGAUGCUGCUUCAAGGUUGGAAGGAUCACCGUCCCCCCAGCAUUGGUGUUCGCGUUGUGCGGUAUGAGUUCGGAAGGCGCGGCUGCAUCCUCCAGCUCGGUUGUCUCGGCGAAGAACUUCAAGCCUAGUCUGCCACCCCAUUGGCCUGCGGUUCGGGCCACCUGCUCGCCCUUCAACGCGAGCGCAAAAGGCAAAGGAAGGGCCAAGGUUGGAGGAUAUGGAACGUUUGACCCUCGUGUGAUCAGUCGAUUCUUGAAGGGCGGUUGGAAGGAGGUUGAGGACCCCAAAGACAAGUGGUGGGAGCGGGCGUUUGAUAGUGUCAGGGAGGAGAAUGAGGCUCGUCUGAGGAAGCUGGAGGGUCGGGCGUGA